AUGGAAUUCCAUGGUCUGACCGAAAUACCAUUUCUGUUGCAGGGUUAUCUUUCCGAAGCAGGUGCGUCACUGGUUGACAAAAAACUCGGACUGAACAUCGUACCAACAACGGCACUAGUUGAACUGGCAGCACCAACAUUUUACUAUGGACGUAUGGACAGAGCAAAAGCCAGAGCUAAAGAACGUAUUCAGUCAAGAUAUCCGGAUCUUGGUCGACGAUUUCAUCGAAUUGGUCUACCUCCAAAGAAAGGCAGUUUCCAACUGUUCGUCACUGGCUAUCAGGAUGCAGCCCAUUGGCUUCGUAUUUGGGACAAUUUCCCCGAACAAGCACCACCACCUGUCACUCAACGAGAAUUCCAACUAUUGUUCGAGAAAAUUGUUGUGCUCGAUUACGUGAUCAGAAAUACAGAUCGUGGAAACGACAACUGGUUGAUCAAGUACGAACAGGCCGAGGUGGUUGAAACCCCCGUUGUUCCGAAUGAUCCGAACCCGACAAGUGUGGAAACACAGCAACAGCAGGCAGUACCUGAUGAAGGCCAGUUGAUCGAUUUGGCCGAUGGUGUCAAUCGAGCCUGUGGACCUGAAGAACUCGUCGACGAACAACAAACGCGUUCAUCAGCUGAACCGGCACCAGCUGAAGUGGAAUGGGCCGAUGUGACGGUACCAAAGGUGUCAAUUGCUGCAAUUGAUAACGGUCUAGCAUUCCCGUUCAAACAUCCAGAUGAAUGGAGAGCAUAUCCAUUUGGAUGGGCCCUAUUGCCAAUGGCUCAGAAGCCGUUCAGUGAGGAGACAAUCAACGCGAUUCUCCCGUUGCUCGAUGAUACGAAUUUUGUUCGGGAACUUGGCGAAGAGCUGAAACAGGUCUUUAAGAAGGAUAAAGGUUUCGACAAGAAGAUGUUCGAACGUCAACUAUCGGUAAUGCGUGGACAGAUCUUCAAUUUGCGAGAGGCCCUACGUACAAAAAAAUCGCCUUACCAAUUAAUUCUCGUACGAAUUUCUUUCAUUGUUGAAAGUCUAAAUGCAUACAUGAGGUAA